AUGUCUGUCGUACUUCCUCCCUCCUCCGACCACUUCAACUCUCUGCCCGAGAUCAUACAGUCCGAUCAUGUGUUCAAGAAGCGUUGCACUCCGGAGGUUUUGGGCGACAUCUGCCAGAUUUUCCGCAAAUAUCGAGCUCAGGACAUUUUCGGCCUAGCACUCCUUCAUCAGCAUUUUGAAAUCCAACAGAAUGAGAAAUUGGUCACUUUUGGCAACGUCGCUAUUCCCAUCAGAAGUAGCCCAGACGGCCUUUCCGUAGCUGCCAGUCGAUGGGCUUUCUCGGGUGACAAGCUUAUUCCAUACGAAUUUACCGCGGGGGCGGAGAAUAUCGAUAUGGAUACACACGUUGCAUUUCUUGUCGAAAUGAGUCAGGCUCUGCAUUCCAGUGCGCUCGCUGACAACCUAGGGCUUUGCUCGGCUGGAAGCAUUGCAGGAAAGGACUCGGAACCUACGAUGGAAUUCACGAGCGGCCGUGCCAACGUUACUUUGCCAUUUGACCGUGAUCCGCUCGAAGGAAACAGUGUUGACGCGGCAUGGAAAAUCACCCAAGGUAUGAAUCCUCUGAAAACAUCAGGCUUCGAGUGGCUAACGGUUCUUAGACGUCCCAACACGGGUCACCAGCAGCAACACAAGAACACGAAGCAGUGA